AUAUAUAUAUAUAUAUAUAUAUAUAUUUUGAGGAAUUUUACCAUUUGAUUUCACCUCUAUUCUACUCAAUACAACUUUGGUUUUUCUAUUUGGAAGUGUUUUCUGAAGAUUUUAAGCCAAAGUUUUAAAACUAGGCUCUAAGAUCGAGGGAAGACAGGGGAUCUUUGUAGUUCAUUUGGGUUUUAGACUCUUAUCUUCUUUCUCUGUAGGUGGAUCGUUCGAUGACUAUCUGGAUCAAUAUAUUAUUUCUAGAAUAAUCUUUUGCUAUUGUUACUACCAUCUUCUGAUGGGCUGCUUUCACUCAAAAAGAACAUCACCCCAAUACACACCCGGUUACGAGGAGCCCAAUGUGCUUGCUGCUGAGACACCUUUUACAGUGAGUGAAGUCGAAGCAUUAUAUGAGCUGUUCAAAAGAAUAAGCAGCUGCAUAAUUGAUGAUGGGCUCAUUCAUAAGGAAGAGUUUCAGCUAGCGAUGUUUAGGAACCAAAAAAGGAAGAAUCUGUUUGCAGAUAGGGUAUUUGAUCUUUUCGAUAUUAAGCGCAAUGGAGUGAUUGAGUUUGGAGAAUUUGUCCGAUCUCUGGGUAUCUUCCACCCUAAUGUACCAGUAGCUGAUAAAAUGGCAUUUGCAUUCAGAUUAUAUGAUUUAAGGCACACUGGUUUUAUCGAGAGAGAAGAGUUGAAAGAGAUGGUAUUGGCGCUGCUGCAUGAAUCAGACUUGGUUCUUUCAGAUGACGUAGUUGAGAUGAUUAUAGAUAAGACGUUUAGUGAUGCAGACACAAAGGGUGAUGGGAGGAUAGAUCCAGAAGAGUGGAAGGAAUUUGUUUCAAAGAAUCCAUCUCUUCUAAAGAAUAUGACACUUCCAUAUCUGAUGGAUAUAACCUUGGCAUUCCCCAACUUUGUGGUAAGCUCUGAGGUUGAUGAUUCAGAAAUUUAGACUUGUGCGCCUAAAUACAAGUCCGUGAAGGUCAUGUUAAACAGGCCUCUUCCGCGCUGGUGUUUUGAUGAUCCAAUUCAAUCCAGUGCAAAGGAGUUCAAGAAUCAGAAGAACGUCAGGUUUUACAAUGAUUAUUUUGCGAUUGGGGCCAACUGGAUUUGGCCAAAAGCCCACAGGGAAUUUCUCCGAUUUAAGAAAAAGGAGAUACUAAUAUUUAAGGGGCACAUCAUGGCUUCUCGGCCAUCUUCAUUCGCUUAGUAAGAUGAUGUUAAUUCUUUUCAUGGGUUCAAGCUAGGCUGAUAUAUAUAUAUAUAUAUAUAUAUGCUACAUAGCAUUGUCCGUAUUGUAGUUAUUCCAAAUCCCCCUUCCUUUUUUGUUUUCCAGCUUGUAGGCUAAGAUUUUAACAUUGGAUACUCAUUUGUUUGUUCUUUGAUCCGGUGUACUGAGAAAUGAAAUUUAUUUUGAUAUAACAUCAUUUACUAUUCAACUUA